AUGAAGAAAACUCACCUCUCACAACAGUCUCUUCAAUUCAAGCCCAAAAAGAUGGUUCUGCAACUCGUGCCAAGAACGGAACAACUCUACAAGGAGAUUAGUGCUAGAGGAUUCAAUCCGGGAAUACAGAUCAAAUUCAAAGAAACCAAACCAGCAUCCUAUGUUGUACAGUAUCUCAUGUCUCGAUGGAGUACCAUUCUUUCUCUUCUUUCAGUCAAGGAAGUCAGAAUCUAUCCUCGUAAGAUCAACUUUGGAUGUGCCACUCACAAUGGUUGGGGAAUGGAGAGUUCUCAACAUGCCAUGAGUAAGGUGAAACGAGAAGUUCAGGCUUUUCAUUUGCAUGGUUCUGCUCAUCUUGAUCAACAACCUUUUGAGCAACCACAACAACAGUCAUCGACCGAUGAGCCUUUCAUCAUGGAAUAUGAUUUCAUUUGUGGACAACCUGCGAAUCAACAGCAGUUGCCACUUGGACAACUCCAUAACUCACAAAGCCAGGAUCUGAAAAAGGGCAGCACUUCAACCACCUUAUCCGUGGUGUCCAGUCAUUCUUCAUUCCAGAAACCACCACCUGUCAGUCAGAAUUCUGUGAUUGCCAUUCCUUCGGUUGUGCCUCAAAAGAGUUGUUCAUCAACAACCACUUCAACUGGAUUUAUCACGUCUUUUGCAGAUGUGAGCCAUGUGCUAGAUUCCAUGAGAAAUGCACAAGUCGUGCAACCUUCCUCCAUUGGUACUGUAAGGACACUUUCCGUCAAUUCUACUUUGCAACACUUUCCUUCUGUAUUGCCUUCCAAUAGCAACACUCAGGCACCAAUAGUGUCACCCACCAAGAGCACCUCGUCACGAAAGAGAAAGACGAAAGAAGAAUCAACCAAUGCAACGAGUAGUGCUCCCACAACUACCUCUCCCAAGAAGAAACGUACUUCAAAGAAAAAGAAAGACACCUCAACCGUAGUGCCACAGAACACCACUCCUCUUCCUCCUCCAGUUUCCUCUCAAAACAAACUUUUAAUUACUCCUUCUCAAGUAGAGGCAAGUUUAAGUAAUUUCCUCAACACUGCCGAUCUCAAUUCUCAAUUUUCACAAUUUAACAACAAGCUCAAUAACAAUUUGGAGGGUUCCAAUUUGAGCGAAUUAUUUAACUUGCAUUUUGGUUUCUCCUGUAAAGAACAAACGACCACAAAUUUUGGAUCAUUGUUUGGUGGCAGCAGCGAAGUGUUCAACAUGAAUCCUCAUGGACGUCCAUCCUCUUCUGGUUUUUCAGCUCACCCAAAUGCCUUCAAGACAAACGGUAGCAAUCUUGUCUCAACCACAUCUUUUGUAAAUACCAUGACUCCGUCAAAAACAUCUAACAUUCUUCAUAUCAUUAGCAAUAAUGACUCGUCUCUCAUUGCCAGCUUGAGAGAAAAGUCGACUGGAACGAUUGGACCCAUCGAUGAUUCAUUGCAGUCUCUAUUUGCAUGA